GUGCGUGCGCGAAAAAAUCUCGCGUGAACCGCGAGACUCCUUGAAAUCACCGCGCGAAUGGUCCGUCUCAUUUCCUGCGACUGCGAGAUAAAUCUCGCGAGAUAAUCGGCUCGUAGAAACGACGAGAGUUACUAUCGUUGGACUUUCAUGCUCCGACAUAAACUCGAAGCGAAGAUAAACCGAUUGCUCCGAUAUUCUUGACUAUUUUUUUUUUUUUUUAUCGCGCUCCGGACUUCGAACGGAGAUAAAUCUGGUCGCGUGGGCAGCUGCUCGUCGAAGCUAUAUGAUGCAGUGGCACAUGAUCCGAAGACGCCGGGAGCGCGAUUUGUCGCGAAGAAGCGGCUAAGACGAAUCGAAGGUGACAGCCCGGGGCUUGGAUUCAGUUGAGAGGAAAAUCGCAUCGGUGUCACUCGGACCGUGAUAUCGACGACAUCGUGGAGGACGUCACCGACUGCGACAAACACGAUAAAACGAAGAUCGAGAAAUCGAGAAAAAGAGAGAUAGAGAGAAAAGACGACAAAAGGGAGAUUAUCCGUACGAUUGCUCGACGCAUCAACGUGACAUUAGUGAACUGAAUAGUGAGAGAAUUAAUCGUUGCGUGAUAACUGAAGGCUACGUCGAUACGUUAUCAGUGGACAGUUCGUUCAGAAAGGAAAAUAUUGCUCGAGAAUCGCGCAUCCGAGGAGUCUGGCCGCCAACGUUGUUUAAUCUAAUCGGCAUCGGCUGUCAGGCGGCAGUUAUGCGAACUAUGCAGCCAUGAAUCAAAUAUCCUUGAACACGAGACCCGCGCGACGGACGAAGCUGUUUCCCGCACGAACGAUGACGUCCCUCUUGACCUUGCUUCUACUCGCGACGACGUUGUCGAAUGUACAAUCGGAAUCGGCGAUGAAUCCGAUGGGUAGCAUCAUCGGAUCGGGAUCAGCAAUCUCGUCGUCAUCGUCCUCGUCCUCGUCCAGCGGUUCGUCGUCCUCAUCAUCAUCAGUGAACGGCGUGGCUUCCGAUGGCUCCGGUUCCGGUGGUAGCGGGGUAAGCGGAAGCAGCGGUAACGGCGCAAUUGGUAGCGUCAAUGGGGGCGGUAUAAAUAGCGGCGGCGGUGGGCACUCCAGCAUAGGGGGUGGCGUUAACAACGGGAAUGGUAGAUGCGAGGAGAUCACGAUCCCCAUGUGCCGCGGUAUCGGUUACAAUCACACCGCUAUGCCCAAUGAACUGAAUCACGACACGCAGGAGGAGGCCGGUUUGGAGGUGCACCAGUUCUGGCCGCUCGUGGAGAUCAAGUGUUCACCAGAUCUCAAGUUCUUCCUGUGCUCCAUGUAUACACCGAUCUGCCUGCCGGAGUAUACGAAGCCGCUGCCAGCCUGUCGUAGCGUCUGCGAGCGAGCUCGCGCGGGAUGCGCGCCUCUUAUGCAACAAUACGGCUUCUCGUGGCCGGAGCGAAUGGCGUGCGAGCGUUUGCCGAAUCACGGCGAGGAUCCGGAGAAUCUAUGCAUGGAACAGGACAAUCGCACCAGCAGCAGCACCGGCCCUGGUGGUGGUAAUGGAGGUAUGGUGAGCGGCGGUGCCCCGGCACCGCCUGGCCCGCCAGCGCGACCCACGCGACCCAGCAAGACCACGCAACCGGCUCGCUGCAAGCCGGGGAAGAAUCAAAAAAACUGCCAACAUCCCCCAGGGGAGAGGACGAGGGAUUGCGCGUGCAGAUGCAGGGCGCCCCUCGUGCCUCUGGGGGCGGGUGGCGCGGUGAUACCGGGACCGAUAAGCGCCGUCAGCGGCACCGUCAUCGGGAGCACCGGGGUCAACGCGGGAGCUGGUCUGGCCGGCAUGGCCGUAAGUGGAAUAAUUCCGGCACCGGCGCCGCCGUCGAUGGGGGGCAUCGGUCGAAGCAUCAUCCAGGAGAUCGCGGGGGUGCCGGAUUGUGCCCUGCCGUGCCGCGGCGCGUUCCUCACCAACGAGGAGCGCGAGUUCGCGGCAAUAUGGCUGGCGUUGUGGAGCGGCCUGUGCGCCGCCAGCACUCUCGUGACCGUCACCACGUUUCUGAUCGACACCCAGCGCUUCAAAUAUCCUGAGAGGCCGAUCGUUUUUCUGUCGGCCUGCUACUUCGUCGUGUCCGUGGGUUAUCUAUCGCGCAGCAUUUUCGGCCACGAAGAAAUCGCUUGCGACGGUCCGGCGCUGAAAUCGGGUGCCCAGGGUCCGGGCGCGUGCGUCACCGUUUUCCUCAUGAUCUACUUCUUCGGCAUGGCUUCCUCUGUGUGGUGGGUAAUCUUGGCGUUUACGUGGUUCCUCGCCGCCGGCUUGAAAUGGGGCAACGAGGCCAUAGCUUCGUACUCGCAAUACUUUCAUCUGGUGGCAUGGCUGGCGCCGACGGUACAAACAGUCUGGGCGUAUGUAGCGGGUGGCGUUGCCGGUGACCCGGUGGCCGGGGUCUGCACAGUCGCCCCCGAGGGAGUGCGCAACUUUAUCCUAGCGCCUCUGUUCGUCUACCUUCUGCUGGGCACGAGCUUCCUACUGGCUGGUUUUGUGAGUCUCUUUCGAAUUCGAUCGGUGAUAAAGCGCCAGCCUGGCGCCAAGGCGGACAAACUCGAGAAACUGAUGAUACGAAUCGGCGUGUUUAGCGUUCUCUACACGCUGCCAGCCGGCGCGGUGUUAGCCUGUCACAUCUACGAAUCAUCUCUACGGGACGAAUGGCUCAGUUCGUUGGCAUGUCCCUGCCGACCGCGAGCGAGACCGCUCUAUUCCAUCCUGAUGCUGAAGUAUUUCAUGGCUCUCGCGGUCGGUAGCACCUCGGGCGUCUGGAUCUGGAGUGGCAAGACGGUCGAUUCUUGGAAACGGCUAUGGAGGCGUUUGUUCGGCGGAAAUCGCGGUCCGGGCGGUCAUAUGGGCGCGGGCGGUGGCAUGGUGGCUGGUGUGACCGGUAUGAGCAGUGGCAUCGGCAGUGUCGGCAUCAAGGGCGUCAUGGGCCGCAGCAUCGCUGUGCCGUAUCAAACGGCGCCUGGUCCGGGCAGCGCUCUGUUACCACCGGGAAGCGUCGCCAGUGCGUCUCAGCAUCAUCUACACCAUCAUGUACUCAAGCAACCGCCGCUCUCACACGUAUGACGUCACCAGUCGGCGGGGGGCGAUAUGAACACCGCUGGAUGCGAGCAGCAGUCACAGCAGCAGGAGAGACCUUCCGCCCUCAGCAACUACGGGCCCAUCUAGCCCUUCGCCUCGGCCUCGCGAAGACACAACGCGACGCCGCACACAGCGCCGCAUACGGCGCCGCACACGCCCCAUUCGGCGGCGACCAUCUACUCCAGGAGGUCACUCGCGUCCACGACGGGGCCGCUGACGCCGGCGCACGGGAUCGCGCCCUCCUACACGCAGGCCACCGAGGUGUGAAGGAAGGAGCACGUGUGGAGGCGCACGUGGAGUUUGAACGACGAGCGGCCGCGGUGCUUCUCGAUUACCGAUAUACGUAUUUAGCCUGUACAUGUCUUCUCCCGCGGGAAUCUCGAGAAAUCCUUUCUUCAGCUCGGACCAUCGACGAUCUCUUCAGUGUCUUCAUCUUAUUGAUCGAUUCGAGGAAAUUAUACUUUGCGAAUAGUUUGCGAAAGAAU